AUGGAGGGGGAGGAGCGGCGGCUGGCGGCGUCGCUGACGGCGCGGUACUCGGAGUGGGUGCUGGAGGAGCUGGACGAGCUGCGUGGGAGCUUCCUGCUCACGGACCCGGCCAUGCCGGGCCACCCCAUCGUCUACGCCUCCCGGGGCCUCGCCGCGCUCACGGGCUACCCGCGCCGCGAGCUGCUCGGCCGCAACGCGCGCCUCUUCCAGGGCGCCGCCACCGACCGCGCCGCCGUCUCGGGCGUGCGCGAGGCCGUGCGCGCCCAGCGCGCCCACCAGGUCGCCAUCCUCAACUACCGCCGCGACGGCUCGCCCCACUGGGUGCUGCUCCACCUCGCGCCCGUCUUCCACGCCGCCGACGGCCGGGUGCUCCACUUCCUCGCCGUCCAGGUGCCCAUCGCCCCCGCGUCGUCGCCGCGCCGUCACCCGGGCCGGCCCCCGGCGUUCGCGGCGUGCCGGGAGGAGGCCAGGGGCGAGGAGGAGCUGCCUUGCGCCAGCCACGUAGGGGAGGUGUUUGUGGAUAUCGAUAAGAGAGGGCUGGAGGCUGAGGAACCGCGUAUAGCUAGCGGCUGUGACAAAGAGAUGGCUCUAAGCACAGCAAACAGCAUCUUCUCUACACUGAACCGCUAUAGCAAACUAACUGGUUUGGUGGUUUGUGAGAGGAGAUGUGAUUCUGUUGGUAUCCCAGCACUCAGCUCUUCCUUAAAUCUCUCCCUCGGUAGAAUCAAACAGAGCUUUGUAUUAACUGACCGCCAUUUGCCUGACAUGCCGAUAGUCUAUGCUAGUGAUGCCUUUCUAUCAUUAACAGGCAAAGGUUUCUGCUGUUCUAAUCAUCUUACUUAUCCAGGUUACUCAAGAGAAGAAAUAUUGGGCUGUAACUGCAGAUUCUUAAACGGUCCAGGUACUAGUGCGGAGGUUUUAGAGGAGAUAAAUCGGCAUAUCUGUCGUGAGGAGGCUUGCACAGUGCAUUUGCUUAAUUACAGGAAAGACGGAAGUACAUUCCGUGACCUGCUACAUGUGUCUCCCAUCCGAAAUUCAUCGGGCAAGGUCGCAUUUCAUGUGUGGGUUCACCUUGAUGAGAGCGCGAAGCAUGAUUUUAGUGGGUUGACCCCUGAGGUAUGGCAGCUCGGUGCUGUUGGUGCUGUAAGAGUUGCAGUUAGAAGCCUGUCUGCGUCAGGUAGCCUGUUGAGACCGUCCCAAUAG